AUUUUCCUGAACUCUCCUAUUACAUAUUUUCUUCGAAAAACCCCCCACGAUUGGAUUCAGGGACCCAAAAGCUGAUUUGACGAUUGAUCGCAAAUACAAAUCCAUUGCUGCAACUGGAUCUCUUUCUCAUAACGACAAACUAAUUCGAUACAAUUGGAGGGUGUUGAAGCUACAAGCAUAAUUAAGCGAUACCCCACCAUCACAUCCAUUAAGCCACAGCAGACAUAACCGUCCAUCUGCAGGGACGUCUUUAAGUAGGGAUACAUUAGUACAUAUUCGCCAUGUUCACUGGUAUAGUCGAGGAGAUCGGAGUCGUUGCUGAGCUCGACCAGCACGAUGCCACCGGAGGGACGUCGCUCACCAUCUCGCUCCCAACUGGCAGCAGCCUGCUUUCAGACUGUCACGACGGUGACAGCAUCGCCGUCAACGGCGUGUGCCUGACUGUCACGUCCUUCACGCCGACGCAGUUCACAGUGGGUGUGGCCCCUGAGACGCUUCGCGUCACGGACCUGGCCGACCUGGUCAAGGACUCGCGCGUGAACCUCGAGCGGGCCGUGCGGGCCGACACUCGCAUGGGCGGCCACUUUGUGCAGGGCCAUGUCGACACUACCGCGACCAUAGCCGACAAGCAAGCAGACGGCAACGCCGUCACGAUGCGGUUCAAGCCACGAGAGGGCAGCGAUGUGUUGAAGUACAUCGUGAAAAAGGGGUACGUUGCCCUGGAUGGCACGAGCCUUACCAUCACCAAGGUCGACGACGCAGCCGGGUGGUGGGAGGUAAUGCUCAUCGUGUAUACGCAGGAUCGUGUUAUCCUGGCGCAAAAGAAGGUUGGCGACACUGUCAACGUCGAGGUUGACGUCUUGGCCAAAUAUGCCGAAAAGAGUAUGGCUGGAUACUUGAGCUCUCUUAACAACAAGAGUGACGCAUAAGGCCAAUCCGGGAUCCCUGACUAUCUUUCUCUCCUGGUAGAAUGAAGAUACAAUAAUACCGUUUGUUGUUCAUAUCCCUUUGAUUUCUGAUGAUGUGGUAAUGUGUACGAGAUGGUUCAUGUCUUCGCUGCCCCAAAUCGUAAAUUUCAAAACAGCAAGCAAAGAUCGUAUGGCUCAGACAUCGCCCCAGACCUCGGCGAGCUUCUGGCUGAAAGCCUUAGUAAUCUUUUUGCGGCCUACCAGGUUGGCCAUCUGGCUAGACACCAGCUCAAUUUUCCGCUUCCUGCCGACCUCUCCGGGGCCGCAUUCCUCGUAUGCCUUGACAAACUCCAAGGGCGUCUUCCACCGCUUUUGAAUCUCCAUCGCCUUUUCACCCGUGAUUCCCUUGGUACACAUGAGCAUCUUGAGAAAGACGUCACGCAGGGUGAUCAUAUCCGAUUUCGAAGCGAGAGAUGCAAAAGCUGGAUAGCUGAUGUAAAAGCUCUUCUCUGCCCUUGAGAGGCCAGCCGAAGCCGCAGCAUUCAUCUCUUUCUCUUCUCGAAGAUGUGCUAGCAAAGGGAGGUAGUUUUGUGCCGUCAGGAUGUUCGUUGGAAUAACGUCUAUAGUCCUGCUCUCAUACUGCGACUUUAGUAGCUUGGUCAGACGAGCAAGAUACGUGAUGGUGUCGUCCAUCUUUUGAGUUCUCUUCAGGAAAUAGCCAUUGACGACCUGAGUAGACGCCAUAGCCGACUGUACCAUCUCUUCGUAGCGAGAUGAGUUCAUGGUGUCAAUAGAAAAGUCCUCUACGAUAUAAAUCACGUUACGC